CGCUUCGUUCCUGUUACUCCUUCGUCCCUGUUACUCUACGACGACGACAACGACGACGACGCUGCCUGGCUAACCUCUACUCUAAGACUGUCGACACGAUAUCUGCGUUGGAAUACACGCCUUAGCUAAAUACCCAAGACUAACUAAACGCGUCUCUACUCUCAAACAUGGCGGACCUCGACCCGACCUCAGUCCCUCCCGAAUACACCAAAGAAGGCGCAGACUGGCUCGCGGUGUUCAACCCGCACGUGCCGCGCGUCAUGGACGUGAAGUUAGAGGCCAAGUUCACACACGACAGGGUAGUAUGCAGCGUUAGGUUCUCCAAUGACGGGAAAUACGUCGCGAUUGGGCUGGAUGGGGAGGUUCGAUUGUAUGAAGUUGGAUCGGGGAGUGCUCAUGUACUUGCGUUGAACUAUGAGGGUGAGCCACCCACGCGGAACUAUGUUCGAGCUGUGGCGUUCAGUCCGGACGAUAGUAUGGUUGCUGCCGGCACGGAGGAUGCGCUCGUCCGAAUAUGGAGCGUGAGCACCAAAGAGCUCAUUCACACAUUGCAAGGCCAUUCCCGCGAAAUAUACGCUCUCGAAUUCAUCCCGGGCCCUUCGUCUUCACAUUAUUCACUCGCUUCCAGCUCAGGAGACCGCUCUAUUCUCGUUUGGUCCCUCACCCAGUCAUCCUCCCCUUCCCCCACAAGCACUCCUCUCAUCGUCGAGGAGGACCUCCAAUCGCCCAACACAGUCAUCACAGCUCUCGCCGUCUCCCCCGAUGGAAAGUACAUCGCCUCGGGAAACCUCGAAGGCCAGAUCCGACUCUGGAGCUCGCAUGGACCUAGCACGGCGGACGGUGUCAAGGACAACAACGGACGGGAGUGGAAGGCGGUGGUCAGGUGGCAAGCACACGAGGAAGGCGUUUAUAGCGUCAGAUGGGCCAGUGGAAAUGUGAGAGACGUAGGGAUAGUGACGGGGAGUUUGGACAAGACGUUGAAGAGGUGGACGCUGACACUGCCGGACGAGGGUUCGAGUCCAAAGGCGGAGUGCGUGAAGACGAUGGCCGGUCACAAAGAUUUCGUUCUCGCCAGUGCCACCGUUCAAGAGGGCCACAAUUUGAGAGCCGCCAGCGCUUCGAGAGAUGGGAGAGUCAGGUUAUGGGAUCUGAAGAACGGAGAGAUGCAGUUUGUGGUACAAGGGCAUCGUAACGCUGUGACCUCGGUGGACCUCAGUCGCGAUGGGAGGAUGCUACUGUCGGGAAGCGGCGAUGGCGAGGCACGGUUGUGGAGUUAUACCAUCCUUUAACAGGUCCUUCCUGUCAUGUUCUCCCCACUCUAUUGUAAGCUAUACUACUAGCCUGAUGCUACCCGUGAAUGAAUCUCCAUGAGUAAGA